AUGUUUGCUUCACUUGCUCUUCGUGUAGAGCUGGCUGGCGGCGCUGAAUUGCAGUGCUCUCCAGAUGAGUUCGCGGCGCGCCGUUGCUCGGAACGAUGUGGGCAUGUGGCGCCCUUGCUCGCCUUUGCUCAGGCUGCAGUUCCAUCUGUAAAUUCUGCUCCAGCAGUCACUUCUGGAGGCCCAUUUAAGCUUCCUAAUGGUGUUGGAAAGCCUGCAACUCCUUUAGCUGAUUUGCUUGAUUUGAGUUCUGAUGAUGCUCCAGUGACUACCUCAGCCCCUACAACAGCACCUAAUGAUUUUCUACAGGAUCUGUUGGGCAUUGGCUUGACUGAUUCGUCUCCUAUAGGCGGCGCUCCGUCUACAAGCACUGACAUUCUGAUGGAUCUUCUAUCUAUUGGUUCAUCUUCUAUACAAAAUGGACCACCAACGGCAAACUUUAGCCUUCCUGGCAUAGAGACUAAAUCUGUCGCUGUUACACCUCAAGUUGUGGAUCUUCUUGAUGGUUUGUCCUCAGGCACAUCUCUUCCUGAUGAGAACGCAACCUACCCCACAAUCACAACAUUCCAGACAAGCGUACUGAAUCUGAUUGAUGCAUCUUUAGUUAGCUGUAAACUUACAGAGGUGGUUCUUGACAAAUUUUCUGGUCGUUCUCGUGGUUUAGGCUUUGUAAAUUUUAAUGAGAAGCAAGCCAUGGAAGAUGCUAUUGAGGCAACGAAUGGACUGUACUUGGACGGGAGCAACAUCACUGUCGAUAAAGCUCGGCCACAUGGACCUGGUAGAGACCGUAAUGGUGACCGUUAUUAUGACUGUGAGCUUGGAUCUCGUUAUGACCAUGGUUGUAACUAUGGUGGUCGGUGUGCACUGCGAGGUGGUGGUGACUGCUUCAAGUGUGGGAACCAUCAUUUUGCUAGAGACUACCCAUUUGGGGACAAUGGGAGAGGGGACAAAUAUGGUAGUAGGGAUGACAGGUAUGGUGGCAGUGGAGGUUGUUAUGGUUCUGAUCGUGGCGGUGACCGAUACUCUGGUAAUAGUCGAGAUGGCGGUAGCUAUCGGGGCGACGACCGUUAUGGCCUUGAUCGAUCAGGUCCUUCCUGA